AUGUCCGUUAUCAACUUAAAUCUAUGUCAUCUCUUAGAGGUCAUGAACCUCAAUAACCUCACCUUCAUUUCACCAUUUUUGUGCCUAACCCUAAUGAUUCUCCUCCUAUCACAUAUUUUCAUGACAAAGCCAUCGCGCAAAGUUUACUUGCUCAACUUUGCAUGUUACAAGCCCCCGUUGGCCCUAUUGUGCUCUAAAGAAGUGGCCUUAGAGCGAGCCAGACGCUAUGCAAAUUUAUCGGAGGAGACUUUGGUGUUCAUGGAGAAAACGUUGGAGAGAUCAGGACUUGGUGACUCGACAUACUUGCCGGAGGCUUAUAUGAGAGAUCCUCCAAAUAUAUGCUUGGAAGAGGCUAGAAGAGAGGCAGAGAUGGUGAUGUUUGGGGCCAUAGAUGAGCUACUAGUGAAGACAAGGGUGAAAUGCAUGGAUAUAGGGAUAUUAGUGGUGAAUUGCUGUAUUUUUAAUGUGGUGCCGUCUCUUUCUACCAUGGUAGUGAACCAUUACAAGCUUAGGGACAAUAUUGUGAGCUAUAAUAUUGGGGGUAUGGGGUGCAGUGCUGGACUCUCUGCAAUAUCUCUUGCCAAACAGCUCCUUCAGGUGCACCAUAACACCUAUGCUCUAGUGGUAAGCACAGAGAACAUUACCCAAAACUUUUACAUGGGUAGCGACCGCUCUAAGUCACUAAUCAAUUGUGCAUUCCGUGUUGGUGGGGCAGCCAUCCUCCUCUCAAACCGACCGUCCGAUCGACCCUCAUCAAAGUUCCAGCUCAUCCACACCGUCCAAACCAACACGGCUCAUUGCGACCGUUCAUACAAGUGCAUCAUACAAGAAGAAGAUCAGGAAGGACACUUGGGCGUCACGGUCACCCGAGAUCUCAUGGCAGUGGCAAUCAAAGCCGUUGAAUCCAACAUGACCGCACUAGGACGCCUGGUCCUUCCCGUAUCUGAACAAAUCCUCUACAUCACAAACUACUUAAUAAGACAUCUCCACGUGGCAGAGAUCAAGCCGUACGCUCCGGAUUUCAAGAAGGCAUUUGAUCACAUCUUCCCACACGUUGGUGGAAAACCGGUACUGGACGAACUGCAGAGAAACUUGGGGUUGAGUGAUAAAGACAUGGAAGCUUCUAGAAUGACCCUCUAUAGGUUUGGGAAUACAUCCAGUAGUACAGUGUGGUAUGAGCUCGCCUAUGCUGAGGCAAAAGGGAGGAUCAAGAGUGGUGAUCGUGUGUGGCAAAUUGCCUUUGGGUCCGGGUUCAAGUGUUGUAGUGUGGUGUGGCGUGCGAUAAGGAACGUUGAUCCAGAGGCGAUGAAUCCAUGGACAGCUGAGAUUGACGAGUUUCCUGUGGACUUGCGUAACCACGUUCAAGUUGGGUUAAUCCCUUACCAUUUUGAACCCUCCAAACAGGCAUGAUUCAAUAAAUCAUGUUCCUACUAG